AUGUCCUUGGCCGUUUCCUUAGCCCACGCAGGCGGCGUGCCAGCAUGCGUGCAGAGGAAGGGCGUCUCUCUGAUCGCCAGCGAGCGAAGCCAACCUAAUUCCGUCAAGUUCAGGCCAUCUUCCUCCGUUUACAGUGUCUCUAGUAGUCUUGCGAAGACUACCGCCGUCAGACGACUAGGCGUCGCACAGCAAUGGCAAGGCCAAGCCAGACAUUCCCUGCGGACGAGGCCCACCCGAGCGACUCGUCCCUCAGCAGGCAUCGCGCACCCCACGCUUUCUCACACCCCUUCCGGGUGCCGCUGCAGCAGCAGCAGCAGCACCAGGCUAACCUCCUCGUCCUCUUCCGCCCUUCAAUAUAGUCACCUCGGACAAAGAACUCGCGUGCAGCAACAACAGCGGCGGCAGCGUGAAGCUGUCGCCUCUUCCGAAUUUCUCGGCCGCACCUUGCGCACGCCCGUCGCUCGCUCUCUUCCCCGCGCCACUCCGCCUUCCGCCGGCUCUCGCGCCGAUUUCCCCCGCAGCCCUGAUGGACCCUCCGCAGCCGGCGCGCGGUUCUCCCGCCGCUGCCGCCUGGCCGUGUCGCCGCGGUCGCAGUCGCAAGCGUCGCAGGGCCCCACCGAGCCGCAAGCCGCGCCGUCCGCGUCGCCGCCGAUCCCGGCGGAUAUUCUGCCGGCGCUGGGAAACCUAGUGGAAAUCAUAGGCCGAAUGAAGGAGGAGGAGGAGGGGAAGAAGGGGCAAUACCUAGGUGACGACGCCGGCGAGGAGGGGGAAAUGGGGGAAGCGGCGGGCGGGGAGGCGGAGCGGGUGACGAUGUCGGACGCGGAGCGCGCGGAGGUGGAAGCGCUGCUGGGCGAGCGGCUUCCGAGCCACCCGAAGGUGCACCGCGGCAUGCUCGAUAACGGGCUGCGAUACGUCAUCCUGCCCAACAAACUGCCGCCCAACAGGUUGGUGGUUGCGACGGUGGACGAGCAGGGGGACGAGCGGGGGGGCGCGCAUGAACCGGCGCUCCUUAUUGGGCACGUCACCUUCCUAGACUCUUUGCUUUCCUCCCGACCCAAGGUCCGUUUCCCCCUUACCUCAUUCCCGUUCGAGGCGCACCUUGAGAUGUACGUGGGGUCGGUGGACGAGCGCGAGGACGAGCAGGGCCUGGCGCACCUCAUCGGGCACGUCACCUUCCUGGGGUUCGAGGCUCAUUUGGAGAUGCACGUAGGGUCGGUGGACGAGAGGGAAGACGAGCAGGGCCUGGCGCAUCUGAUCGAGCACGUCACCUUCCUGGGGUCGCGCAAGAGGGAGAAGCUGCUGGGCACGGGCGCGCGCUCCAACGCCUACACCGACUUCCACCACACCGUCUUCCACGUGCACGCGCCCGUCACCAUGCAGGGCUCGCAGGAGCCGAUGCUGCCGAUGGUGCUGGCGGCGCUGCAUGAGAUCGCGUUCGCGCCCAAGUUCCUGCCGUCGCGCAUUGACAAGGAGAGGCGCGCCGUGCUGUCGGAGAUGCAGAUGAUGAACACCAUCGAGUACCGCGUUGACUGCCAGCUGCUGCACCACAUGCACUCGGAGAACCUGCUGAGCUGUCGCUUCCCGAUAGGGCAGGAGGAGCAGGUGAAGAAGUGGCCGGUGGAUCAGAUCCGCGCCUUCCACGACCGCUGGUACUUCCCGGCCAACGCCACGCUCUACGUCGUGGGGGACCUGGCGUCUGUGUCAGAUAUUAUCCGACUCAUUGAGGAGCACUUUGGUCGCACCCCCCCAGGCAUGCACAUGCCGCCUCUUCCCAGCCCCACACCCACCAUCCCCGCCCACUCCCCCUCCGUCCACUCCUCCACUCUCCCCCCCUCCAUCUCACACCACCACUCCUCCGCGCCCUCCCUCACUCCCGCCUCCGCCUCCUCCGCGCCCAGCCUCACUCCCCCCAUGCACCCCGCCACUUCCCCCACCAUGCCCGCCGUCCCCCCCAGCUCCGCGCUCUCCGCCCUGCACCCCCAUUCCGCCGAGUCCCCCUCCCCAUCCGCCUCCCCCGCGACCAUCCCCGGUCCUGUGCGCAAGGAGAGGCAUGCUGUGCGCCCGCCUGUGCGCCACACGUGGGCGAGAGAACACCUGGAGGGGGAGAGCGCGGGGGGGAGUGCGGGGGAAGGCGCGGACGUAGGGGGAAGGCCGGGGGGAGAGGGGUUUUUGCCCCCGGCGGUGGUGCCGUCAGCAGCAGCGGUGCAGCAGCAGGCAGCAGCAAGGGAGGGCGUGGUGAUGCCAGUUAUCUUUCAACACGAGCUGCUGCAGAACUUCUCCCUCACCAUGUUCUGUAAGAACCCAGUGAAGCAGGUGCAGACGCUGGGCGACCUGCGGCGUGCUGUCAUGCAGCGCAUUGUGCUCAACGCGCUGCAGUUCCGCAUCAACAACCGCUACAAGAACGGCACAGUGCCCUUCCUAGGAGUGGACCUGGAUCACAGCGACAGUGCCAGGGAGGGGUGCACCGUCACGACGCUCACAGUCACAGCGGAGCCCACGGACUGGCAGUCCGCGCUCACCGUCGCCCUGCAGGAGGUGCGGCGCCUGCAGCAGUUCGGCCUCACGCGCGGCGAGCUCGCCCGCUACGUCACCACCAUGCUGCGCGACAGUGAGCACAACGCAGCUAUGACGGACGCGAUUCAUUCCAUCGACUCUCUGGAUUUUCUCAUGGAGAGUUUCGCCCUGGGCCAUGCGGUUCUGGACCCCGAGCAGAGCUUUGAGUGCCUGUCGGCCAUCGCGCCGACGAUCGAGCUGGAGGAUGUGAAUGCGGCGGCGGCGGAGGUGCUGGAGUUUGUGGCGGAGUAUGGGAAGGCGGAGGCGCCGCGACCGGCUGCGAUUGUGGUGUGCGUGCCGACGAGGAUGCACGUGCAGGGGGGCGAGGGGGGAAGGGAGAAGGGAGAGGAGAGGAGCGGGAGCGGGAAUGGGGCGAUGGUGCAGAGCUCUUCCUCUGCAGCUGCUGGAGCAGGGGCGGGGGUAGGGGCGACAGCGAGUGAUGUGGUGUUUGAGGUGACUCCCGAGGCGGUGAGGGAUGCGCUGCUGGCAGGGCUCAGGGAAGACGUGCAGCCCGAGGACGAGGUGGAGGUCCCCCGCACGCUCAUUUCCGAUGCUGAGCUGGCGGAGUUGCAGCAGAAGAUCCGGCCUCGAUUCGUGCCGUUCCCGCCCACGGAGGGUAACGCUGCUGACGUGGCGCCGUCUGAGUGGCGUGUGCGGCAGUACAACAAGGAGACGGGCAUCAUCCAGCGCCGCCUCAGCAACGGCAUCCGCGUCAACAUGAAGGUGACGGACAACGAGGCAAAGGGCGGGGUGCUGCGGCUGGUGUUCCCGGGGGGGCGGGCCAAGGAGGACCCGCAGGGGGCAGGCGAGGUGGCCGUGGGCGUGAGGACACUCAGUGAGGCGGGGCGCGUUGGGGACUACAGCCGCGAGCAGGUGGAGCUGUUCUGCCUGGCGAAUCUCGUGAACUGCAUGCUGGAGGCGGAUGAGGAGUGCGUCGCACUCGACCUGCACUUCGCCACGCGCUACGGCGGCCUUAAAGCGUCCUUCCAGCUCCUGCACAUGCUGCUGCAGCAUCCGGCAUGGGACGAGGAUGCGCUGGAGAGGGCCAAGCAGGCAUACCUCUCCUUCUACAGGUCUCUCCCGAAGAGUCUGGAGCGGCUGACAGCGAGCAAGCUGAUGGGCGCCAUGUUCGAUGGGGACACACGGCUGCUGGACCCGCAUCCCGCCAUUGUGUCCAACCUCACGCUUGACACCGUGCGCCAUGCCGUCAUGCAACAACUGCUGUCGGGGAACAUUGAGUUGAGCAUACUGGGCGAUUACAGCGAGGAGGAGAUGACGGACCACAUUCUCAAGUACCUCGCCACAUUGAGCAUAGUGGGCGAUUUCAGCGAGGAGGAGAUGACAGACCACAUUCUCAAGUAUCUCGGCACUGUCACCGCCCUCCCUCCGCCCGCCCACGUCGUCUCGCCCUUCGCCGCACUCCCUCCCAACCCCGCCUCCGCGCCCUCGCCCCCCUCCACCACUGUGCUGCCCCCGCUGCACCCGCCCCCCGUGCUCGCCCUCCCUGGGGAACCGCCCUUCAAGAUGGUCACUUCCUGCCCGCCUGCCCUGCGCCACCAGAAGAAGGUAAGCCGCCGUGCUGCCCCCGCUGCACCCACCCCCCCCAUUGCUGGCCCUCCUGGCAAGCCGCCAUUCAAGGUGGUCUCCCCGUGCCCGCCUGCCCUGCACGACCACAAGGUGCUCUUGCGAGACACAGAUGAGAGGGCCCGAGCCUACAUCGCAGGUCCGGCACCUAACCGGUGGGGAUUCGCACCGGAUGGGCGGGAUAUCAACACGAUCCUGGAGCCCAUUCCGCCUGGCUACACAGCAUCGCGAGCAGCAGCAAUGGCAGAUGAAGGCCCGCUGCUGGCGAGAGCAAUGAGGCACCUUUUCACCAUGGGGCGAGGCAACACGCACAGCCCUAAUGGAAGGGCACCGGGAGGAGCGGGAGCAGCGGGAGGUGGUGGGAGGGGCGAGGGCAGCCUUUUAGGAGACCCUGAUGCACAGGCGGUGGCGGUGGCGCCGUUGGGAACAGCAGUGGUGGAGGGCGCGGACGGGCGCAAGUACUGGCACCGGCGCCGCCACCCGCUGUACACGUCGGUGGGCGUGCUGCUGCUGCAGGAGAUUGUCAACGCUCGCCUGUUCACGACAGUGCGGGACGCCUUGGGGCUGACAUACGAUGUCAACUUUGAGAUAUCGUUGUUUGACCGCCUCGCCACCGGCUGGUUCUGCAUCAGUGUCACCUCCACACCCGCCAAGAUCCAGCAGGCCGUGGAAGCUUCCCUGAACGUUCUCAGGGGGCUGCAGGCGAACCGCAUCACACAGAGGGAGCUGGACCGGGCCAAGCGUACGCUCAUUAUGCGGCACGAAUCCGACCUCAAGGACAAUGCCUACUGGCUGGGCAUGCUCACACACCUGCAGUGCGACUACGUGCCGCGCAAGACGGUCUCGUGCAUCGCGGACCUGCCGUGUAUCUAUGAGAUCACCACAGUGGACGAUGUGUACACGGUGUACAACCACAUCCCGCUCGAUGAUAACAGUGUCUUCACGUGCAUUGGUGUGGCCGGGGCCGUUGGGUCGGACGUGGACUCGGCAGGAAGUGAAAGUGAUGCGAGCGACGCAGAGCCAGUAUCACCAGCGGGCACAAUGAGUGGCGGCAGGGGCGCCUCCCUGAUGACGCGGCCCACAGCAUGA